GAAGAGCCUUUCCAAGGGUAGCAGUCAAGGCUAUCUUGUUUCCAUGGUAUCCGAUGAUGUUGAUGAGCGGGUGCCCGAGCGAGUAUCUAUUGUUUGCGAGUACCUCGACGUCUUUCCUGAUGAUUUGCCCGGAGGACCGCCAGACCGCCAGGUGGAGUUCACCAUUGAUCUAAUUCCAGGAGCCGACCCCGUUUCUAAGGCCCCUUACCGUAUGGCGCCGAAGGAGCUUCAAGAGCUCAAGGCCCAGAUCCAGGAGUUGCUCAAGCUCGGUUUCAUUCGUCCGAGUGUCUCGCCGUGGGGUGCGCCCGUCCUAUUCGUGAAGAAGAAAGACGGAUCUAUGCGCAUGUGUAUUGACUACCAGGAGUUGAAUGCCCUUACAGUCAAGAACAGGUACCCCCUUCCCCGUAUUGAGGACCUUUUCGACCAGCUGAGAGGAGCUAGCGUCUUCUCAAAGAUUGACUUGCGUUCUGGCUAUCAUCAACUGAAGAUCCGAGAGUCGGAUAUUUCUAAGACUGCUUUCCGUACUCGCUAUGGCCACUAUGAGUUCGUAGUCAUGCCUUUCGGACUCAGCAAUGCCUCGACCGUCUUCAUGGACCUUAUGAAUAGGGUCUUUCAUCCUUUCCUAGACCAGUUCGUCAUUGUGUUCAUCGACGACAUUUUGUUCUAUUCCCGUGAUAUCGAUCAACACAAGGAGCAUCUGAGGAUUGUGCUAGAGACUCUUCGCCGCGAGAAGUUGUAUGCUAAGUUCUCGAAGUGCGAAUUCUGGCUGAACCGCGUGGCAUUCUUUGGCCACAUUGUGACAGCUCGAGGCAUUGAGGUGGAUCCCAGCAAGAUCGAGGCAGUGAGUAAGUGGGAUACGCCGAGAAGCACAACGGAUGUUCGUAGUUUCCUGGGGUUAGCAGGAUACUACAGGAGAUUUAUCGAGGGCUUCUCGAAGAUAGCCCAGCCGCUGACCAACCUUACGAAGAAGGCCGUGAGGUUUGAUUGGAGUCCUCAGUGCGAGAAGAGUUUCCAGGUGUUGAAGAGGAGACUCACUACCGCGCCUAUCCUAUCUAUACCCGACCCUACUUUGGAGUUCACCAUAUAUAGUGAUGCUUCGAAGAUGGGUUUGGGAUGUGUUCUUAUGCAGCAGGGGAAAGUCGUGGCCUGUGCUUCGAGGCAGCUAAAGCCUCACGAGCAGAACUACCCCACUCACGAUCUCGAGUUAGCUGCAGUUGUCCACGCCUUGAAGAUUUGGCGGCACUAUCUCUAUGGAGGCAAGUGUGAGAUCUUUACCGACCACAAGAGCCUGAAGUACAUAUUCAGUCAGAAGGAGCUGAACAUGAGGCAGCGUAGAUGGUUAGAGCUGGUCAAGGACUACGACUGCACCAUUAGCUAUCACCCUGGGAAAGCUAAUGUGGUAGCCGAUGCCCUUAGUCGGUGGA